AUGCUCUCCUUCGAGAGUUUCGAUAAGUUGUGCCGUUCGCAGGAAUUUGGGGAAAAGUGGCAUGCCCUGAGAAAUUUCAUGCAAAGGGCCUGGUUUAAGCGUCGAUGGAUCGUGCAAGAAAUCGCUUUUGCCAAAGAUGCAGAGGUAUAUUGCGGUCCUGACAAAGUUUCCUGGUCCGAAUUGUCCAGUGCAAUGUCUCUUUUCGCCACCAAAGGCGACGACCUGCGACACAUGUUUCAAAAGUCUGAGAAGUUCGGCUACAACCCUGACUAUCUGGGUGAGAUCGAUGCAUAUGGGGCAAAGAAUCUCGUGGACACCAUUGACUUCAUGUUUCGGAAAACGGAAGAUGGCGACAUUAUUAUGGAGCAACUUCUGUCCUUAGAGUCGGUUCUCACGAAUCUCACGGCAUUCGAUGCUGACCGCCCUCAUGACUAUGUCUAUGCCGUCAUGCGGCUUUCUAAUGAUGCCCGCCCGGUUUCUCGCACCUCAAUGGCACAGGACUUGGGCCCUCAUUCUGAGUUGCGGACAAUCAAUGUUACCAAUCAAGCGCCAAACGGGCAACGCAAUGAGAAUGACAUCCCUAUCAUUGACUCUAACGGAAACAAAUCAGUGGACAUCUCGAUCUCUGAGGAACAAUCUCGUGGGAGAUCGCGAGAACGCGACACUUUCUUGAGCAAUCACUUAGCCGCACCCGAGAGGGCACGAUCAAGGGCACGAUCACCAGUUGGCGCGAAGGAAGACGCCGAAAAAGAAUAUCGAACACAACCCAGACAAUUCAUUGUCAACUACCAGAGAAGCAUGUUCGGUCUUUGCUCGGAGAUUAUCAAUUUUGUAGUUCAACGUUCGAACUCUAUCGACAUGAUAUGUAAGCCCUGGGUACCAAAUUUGGAGGAGUUUUCAUCCAAGGAGGCGAGAUUGCAUGAAGACGAUCUUGCCACCAUGCCAUCGUGGAUCCAGUCCCUUGAUAAAGGACCAUACGGCCUCAACCUUAAUCCUGGCAGCAUUAGAUACAGCCGAGUCGCGGCUGACCCCCCUGGCUAUUGGCGAUAUGCCUGCAAGUGGGCUUUCACCCAGAGACCAGCACACGGGGGGAAUCUAGACACAGGUGCUCUGUUGAGAGAUAUUUCUGGCACUGUCUCAACCCCAGUCGUGCCGUUUCUGCACCGUCUUCGGGCGGUGAUCUGGAACAGACAGUUGAUCAGAACCACCGGCCCAGAUCCGGGGUCUCUCGGACUCCUUGGUCUUGCUCCUGCAGAUGCUUCUCCUGGUGACAAAAUCUGCAUCCUUCUUGGAUGUAGCGUGCCUGUUGUCCUUCGACCUAAAAUCCGCAAGGCGGGCGGUGAACCACAGCUGCGCGCAAAGGCACCAAAGAGACGUCAAUGGUACAAAAGUGACGAUGCCUCAAGAGCGCAGACUCGAUCCAGGACGAUGAGCGCAGAAGCACCACGGCGAAUGGAGUCUGGUUCGCCGCGUUCGCCGCAAUUCGGUGUCAGAGAUCCAUCGGAGAACCCGCCGACCAGCUCGCUCGAAGCGACCAGCCUGCUCGAAGAGUACUCGCUGAUCGGCGAGUGUUAUAUACAUGGCAUGAUGGAUGGUGAGGCAUUCAAUCAGCGAGAUCUGCACGAUAUACCUCUUCGAGACUUCCGUAUCGGAUGUGCAAUGGAGUGCCAAUGCAAUCUCUGCGAGCCAAAUUGGCAGAUUCCAAAUGUAUCCGUCUGA